AUGGAUACAGAUUACUUUGUAACAAAUUCGACUGCGUACGAUAAAACUGACUAUACCAAUCGCACUUCAUCAAUAUAUUCAAUUAGCCCUGACUUUAUUACGCAAUGGAAACAGAAUCGAAAGCAAGAGAAACUUUGUAAGCUUCUUUACAAACGAGGAAAAAUGUUUAACUACCCUGAAUGUCACAACCUGCUUGGCUUACCAACUUAUCACCCUCUGCAUCAAAAGGUAACAAAUGUUGGUAGCACCGAAGGAAACAUCAAACAUUUCAUUGGCGGAAACAGACCUAUUAUUGAAAGUGAUGCCACAAGCUUUUUCGUAUUUGGGAAUUGGAUAACUUUUGGCAACUACAACUAUUUAGAAUGGUUAAACGGGUCAACUGCCGACAUGGGUAAUGGAAGCCAGGAACAUUAUCAGAGCCAAUUCAACAACUGUACAACACUGGUGCUAGGAUCUAAUAAUGAAAUUGAACAGGACCUGCAAGUCUUACCACCAUUUGAAAUGUGGCAAACCGUAAUAAUUGCAAUUUGUUUGGCAAUCUGUAUUAUUUUAACGGUCGGAGGAAAUAUCCUUGUUUUGCUGGCAUUUAUUGUUGAUCGAAGUAUUAGGCAACCUAGCAACUAUUUUAUUGCCUCACUCGCCGCAACGGAUAUGCUUAUUGGAACCGUCUCGAUGCCGUUCUACACCGUAUACGUGCUGAUGGGAUAUUGGGAUUUAGGCCCGCUGCUUUGCGAUCUAUGGUUGUCAGUGGACUACACUGUCUGUCUAGUGUCCCAAUAUACCGUACUACUAAUCACGAUUGAUCGAUUCUGUUCUGUGAAGAUAGCGGCAAAGUAUAGAAGUUGGCGGACAAAGACCAAAGUUAUCUGGAUGGUAACAAUUACAUGGAUUAUACCUGCAUUGCUGUUUUUCAUUUCGAUCUUUGGUUGGGAACACUUUGUUGGAUAUCGUGAUCUUUUGCCGGGUCAAUGUGCGGUACAAUUCCUCAAAGAUCCCAUCUUCAAUACAGCUCUUAUAAUAGGCUAUUAUUGGACAACACUCAUUGUGUUAUUCGUCCUAUACGGAGGUAUUUAUAAGACUGCCUACGAAAUGCAGAAGAAAAGUGAAGCAAAACAACGCAAAAUGCAAUCGAUGGUAGCGUUAAGUAGUGUGAUGACUGGAAUGGCUGGUCGUGCUGCAGGAAUUGGAAUCUCCAAAACUCAAAGUACGUUGUUGUGUGUAGAUAAGCCAAUGACAUCUAAUAUACCUUCGAUACCACAGGAUCGGCAUAUCGAAAUCACAACGCAAAGGAACGAUACUGCAGAAUUUAAACCUUCUACGAAUAAUUCAUACGAUUUGCCACAGACGAAUGCACAGGAUGUUAGGCUUAGAUCCCUACCGAAAACUGAUCAAAAUUCAGCUACGCCCACAUCUACAGCAGAUACUAUAUAUAACCAUUAUUUCACUGACAUAAUUAAAAGUAGAACCAAUUUUAAUGCAACAAACAACGCUGAUAAGACAGACGGGGAUAAAAGUGAGCGCUCUAGCAGUCCAGCUUUUGAUUCGGAUGACGAUAGCUCUGCUAACGUCAAACGAGAGGAGGAAAAGCAAACUAAAGUAACAAAAAAAAGAAGUUCAUUGGCAGGAUUGUUAGUCGGUGCUGCGUCAGCCUCUGUACUCUCUGCUCGGUACCAUAAUGGUUCCAUCCAUCCAAAUACAUCCACAAGUGAUAGUACAACCGAACAUGUUAAACGGCCUUCUACGCUGCAGGCUGGUAGCAGUUAUCAGACAUUGCCAAAAAUUUGUGAAACACACAAUUUCAAUAGUUCGAAUGAUCGUUCUACUGCAAAUACAGACGAUGACGUACAAGAAAAAUUAUCGUCGGCACUUAUUUCAAAGUCUCCAGAACAUGAAUCACAUCUCACACAACGGACAACGCAGGGCAUGACAAACGUGAUCAGGUCACCCAAUAGCGAUCAACAACCAAGUACUUCUCUAGUGAAAUCUACAUCGGAUAUUCAAAGCACACAUAGCAUUUUAAGUACAGUGGACCUAAACCCAACUUACGAUGCGCUCGUUGGUAUGGAUGGGGCUGACUUGAGAUUUAUGGAUGAGAGCUCCGUGAUGAUCUCCUCUCCCCUACACGAAACUCCGCCGUCUACUUUCUUAAUCCCGCCACACCCAUAUGAGUCCGUGGUUCAGCAGCGGACAAAUACAAAACAACCUCCCAAUGAGAACAUAGCCAAUCCUUCGCUUUUGCAACAAGCGCUUAUUCGCGCGACGGCACAUUCUAAACAACCACCGCCAACUGUUCUUAUUCGUCCAUGCUACAUUAUCCCUGAGUCUCCCAUGAAAGACACUUUGCCUCAGACGACACCCAUAAUAAAGAAAUCCAGUAUGACUACUGUCGACAUUAGCUCAAAGGACUCAGAAAACACACCUCUCAAGGUCGUGACAACUGAAACAUUAUCUAAUAUAAUCGAUGAAACUACAAUUAUUAUUGGACAACCUAUAAAAGGAAGUGUGGCGUCACUUGGUACAGCAGUAUUAAAGCAACAACAACCAAACCAACAAACCCUCAUACAUCACCACAACCAACAAGUGCAACAACAACCACAGCAGCAGCAGCAGCAACAACAACAACAACACCAUGAAAAGCAUGUGUCUACAACUCCGUUACCAUUAACUACACCAACCGCAAAGGGCGCCGUCGAAACACAGGAGAUGAUGUCAAAAGACGUUUCAAGUUUUGGUUGCGGGUUGGGCGGCGGAAAUAUCUUAAUAACAAUCAACCCUACUGCUAACAUUGAUCACGGAUCGUCUAGCAAAUGUGACUUUAUAAGAUCAAUUGGGAUAAGGCUUAAAGGAGGUAAAAAAAGGUCUCCAGUAGACAGCGGCGUACUCGGUGCCAUUGGUAGACAAAAAUCAAAAUCGGAAAAUCGUGCCCGCAAAGCUUUUCGAACAAUAUCAUUCAUUUUAGGCGCUUUUGUCGCUUGCUGGACACCAUAUCAUAUACUGGCAUUGGUUGUCGGAUUUUGUUCGCAACCACCUUGCGUUAAUGAGCAUUUAUUUAUGUUUUCAUAUUUCCUAUGCUAUGCCAACAGUCCGAUGAAUCCGUUCUGUUAUGCGCUUGCUAAUCAACAAUUCAAGAAAACGUUCACUCGUAUAUUAAGAGGAGAUUUACACAUGACAUAAGCUGCCUAUCUGGUACUAUUCAGUGAACCUGAAAAGUAUGAACGAUAAACGUUGUUACAAAAUGCGACGAUAAAAAAGAGCUUUGUUUGAAAUCUUUGUAAAAACUUGUAAUGAUAAUCAAUAGGACAAUAAUAGAUGAAUAGUAAAAAUUUACAAACAACAGAUGCUAAAGAUAAGAGUUAUAUAACAUUUGAGACAGUAUCAUACGAGCCUAUUUAUUUUGAACAUACAAUGAAAUGAAUUAAAAUUAAUAUUAUUCCGUUUACUAAAAAAGUAUUAUGACAGGGACAAUAGUUUUGGCCGCUACCAUUGAACUGACUAUUUUAUUUUCGUGAUAGAGCAACUAUGUCGCAAGUAUUUUUUUAAAUAUCUAAGCAAAACAAAUGAUUGACUCAUCGUGUAACGAAUGAUAAAACUAAUGAUCAGAAUCUAGUCAUGAUGUUACACAAGCACAUUUUUUAUAAUGUACUUUGCACAAUGUCUCGUUAUUACUACACAAUUAUGAUUUUCAAUUAUGAAAUCAUAGCGAUAGUUAACAAACAGGGAACAUUGUUUAUCGUUGGCCAGUAAACCCACACUGUUGGAAUCCUCGAAUUUGUCUCAAGCAAUAUUGAAGAAACAUUUAAAUGCUAAAGGAAUAGUUUGAUCAGUUUUAAGUUACAAACGAAAUAAGAGAAGACCGGUCGGGAAAACUCUAUCAACAAUGGAACCAGAGAAAAUCAAUAUUCCUAAAUAUUUAUGUUGUCCAAACCUGUUAUUACGAUCUGAAAGGCUUUAAGAACUAUUUCUUUGUCAAUCGUUUGUUAUAAAAGAAAGGUUAGGAGUUUUAAACAUGAUGUGCCUGUAAGCCUUAAUUUUAUGGAUUUAUUGAGCAAAUGUCUUUCCUAGAUGAACGUAGAAUUUCUAGAUUUCUACCAUGUACUUUUCUACCAUGCAAACUAUUCACCAGGUAUUAAACAUAUUUACAGAUAUGUUCAAGCAUCUAAGUGAUUGUUUUCAGUUAGAUAUAAUACAUCACUAUCGUUUAAUUUAUAGUUUCUUCGAAUACGAUAAAUAAUGAUGAUGAUGAUGCUGAUUGUUUCAACGGCAAGUAAUGUGAAGGAUUUAAUGAAAAUGUAUGAAUGCUCCGGAAUCAUAUAGCGCAGGAACUCUGACUGAUGUAUUUACGUUCACUAAAUGGUUCCCGAUCAUGCCUAUACCAAGAUUGUUAAAUUCUACACACUAUUGAAACUUGUGUCAAGACACGAAAUUCUGACAAAAAGCUAGACCAAUAAGUUGUCCAAUUCUUAAUGAAGCUUACAAUCGUAACUGAAUAUAAUAUGCCUCAGGUGUAUAAAAACUCAUGCUUAUUUCUUUUCAAACGAGCCCAGUAAAGAAAAUUGCACGAGUUUUUCAGUACAAUACCAAAAACGUAUAAACGACACCAACGCUGUAUGCGAAACAUUCUUGGGUAGAAUCACGGUAGGGUACUAUUUUAUAUGAUAUUCGCCCACAAAAUCUCAAUAUUCAGGAUAAAUAGUUAUAUGUUUCCUCAAGUCUAUGAAUGUAUGAAAGGAAUAAGGACUCUAUGUAAACGAAAGGAUUUCAUCUGCCAUGUGAGCAAGUUCUAUAGCGUUGUCGCGACAUGAAAUUCAGUAUUCAACUAAAAUGAAACCAGAACAUAUCCGUUGAAUGUUACGAGUUUGAAUAGUUAAAGUAUACAUAUUGGUAUUGGUUUCAUGUACUUUUUGAUCAAGAAAUUUAAAUAAAGCAUGGGA